GGUCUAUUUAGUAAAGACGCUUUAUGGAAACGAAAGUGUAUUCUAAGCUACAGGAUGGCGUCCGCUGCUCAGUCUGAUUAUGAAGAGGAUUCUAUCAGUGGAUCUGAAAUCAGUGUCAGUGGCAGUGACAUCGACAGCGACAGCGACAGAAGUUCAGAUGUGGGAUCUGCCUCUCAGGUUGAGCCCUGCCGGUAUUACAAUAGGGGCAGCUGCAAGAAUGGCAAGAGAUGCGCUUACAUGCAUGUGUGCAAGUAUGCCCUGAAAGGAAACUGUCGCUACGGGUCGAACUGUAAUCUGAAUCACCAAGUGGGUGGAAGGGCUUCCUCUGGUUCAGGCAGCAGAUCUGCAAACCCAAAACUAACUGAUGGGCGAUACUUCCAGUGGCAACUGAACAAUGGAAAUGGCUGGCAGGAUGUUGAGAAUGAUCACGUUAUUGAGGCCCAGUACUCACUGCCCCACACGAAAAGCAUCAAAAUCUACAACACACAAUAUGGGGCAGUGAGCAUAGACUUUAAAAGAAUGAAAGUGUAUGGAAAGGAUCUGAGAGUGAGACGUUUGGAUGACGGCAGUACCACGUGGCUCUGGUACUGCAUGUUACGUCGCAAGUGGAUCAAUUAUGGAGCUAAGGAUUCGAAGGGCAACUCCACUCCUGUGAAAAGCUCAGACAUAGAGAAAAAGUUCCAGAGUGACCCAACCAGCUCUUUCACUUUCACCAUCGGUAGCGAAACCUUCAGGAUUAAAUUCAAAGAAAUGCAACAGGUGAGUCAAAAGAGGAAAAGGAAAGUCACCCGUCGACCACAGUACCGGCAUCAGGCAGGUCCUCAGGUAGUCCAAGGUUUGCAGAAUCUUACGCUGAGCUCCAAACCACAGUGGCAAUUUGAGGGAAGAGGAGGAAAGUGGCACACUUUCAAACACAGGACAGGAACCUCAACCGAGUGUUCGGUCACCAGCGAUGACAUUGAGAGACAGUACCAGCAAAACCGCAGCGGCAGUAUGUCUUUCACAGUGAAUGGACAGUCCUACAAGCUGGACUUCAGAGCAAUGACCCAGGUUAACCUGAAGAACACGCAGAGCCGCAAGAUCAGACGUGUCCUGGUGUGAGCAUUAACACUCGUAUCAGAGGCUCAGUGGGACAGAAGUCUGUAUCGCUGCACUCAACGCUACGUUGCAUACCACUCUGAUCUGAGAUCCUUGCAUUUUACUAUUACUUUAUGUUUGGAUUUUACCGUUGGCUUUCAGAUGGUUUGUCAUUACUGUAAUUUAAAAUUGUGUUUACAUCAUAAGGUUGAAUUGGCACAAUAGCACACAGCAAAAUGCUGCCUGACAAACUUAUUUUUUGCUGCUAAGUUGAUAGUAGAAAAACAGAAUUAUAAGACACAAUAUUUAGUUUAGCAGGGAACAUCUACACUGCCUCUUUUGAUAUAAUAGAAUUAGACAUAUCUGACUUCACUAAUGCCAACCGAAAGAAACUGUGCCUCACUGGUCAUUGAGUUUUGUGCUCUUGUGUUAUGCCUCAUGUUAAUAUGUUGCUUCCUGUGCCAAUGCAAUCUUCUUAAUUUAGGGCUCAUCAAGUUGUUGCGUCAAAUUUCUAAUGCAAUAGAUGUUGAAUGAAUUAGACAUUAUUAUUAUUAUUAUUUGCUUUUAAUUUUGAGCUACUGGGAUUAAAACCAAAGAAUGCCAAUGUUUCAGCUUCCUGCAGUAAAUAUUAAGCAGUACAGUGAAUUCUGUCCAUUGUUUUUUGCUGAAUCCAUCUGGGAGGAGUGUAUGAUUGUAUAAAAUAAAUAAAUAAAGUGAUAGGGUAGUCUUA